UCGAACUUCAACCUCAGCAAACAACCAGCUGUAACGUAUAACCUGCAACAACGACAACAACAAUAGCAACAGCAACAUCUCGAAGUCAGCCCUUACAUUUCGAAAUUAUUUUUCCCUCUUUCUCCUUUUUAGUUUCAGCAGGAGGACGCAGUACACCCACGCUCAUGACAUCAAGCUCUGGGAGUCUACAUACCCAGUUACACCUCACAGCCAGCCAGCCUGCUGCUCUCUCUCCCCCCCAUCUUUCAUUCGUCUUAUUGGUUUGAUACCUGGAUAAGACCAAAUUUUGAGGCAACUUAUUACAGUGCCGCUGAUGGAAGAAUCAAAGCAUUAAUUUAAUCAUAAGAUUGUGAACCAUCUGCUCUUCAGUAAUCCCCCCCCAAAGACAGACACGCCCAGCCACUCAUUGUAUUUCCACAAACAACCGGCUGGGAGGAGGAGUCCAAUCAUCACAAGAUAGGGAACAUAUAUAAAUAUAACCCGUUAUCUCGCCGGAAGAAUUCUUGCGGUUUGUGACACUCGGCUUCUCGCAUCAGUCCGCUCAUGAGUUUCCGGCCCGGCAUCCAUCACCUCAACCAUGACAACUCGAUAUAGAGUGGAAUACGCCCUUAAGUCUCAUCGCAGGGACCAGUUAAUUGAAUGGAUCAAGGGACUGCUCGCCGUUCCUUUCGUGCUACACUCGCAACCAACUGCGCUAUACCAAGAGCACAGUCCCAACCUUGCCCAGCCAGCUGCUAAAACUCAUGACCGUUAUGUGGAGAUCAUGCAUGAUGUUGAAAAUCUCAUCAACGACCAUAUCAGUCACCAAAAGGGUAAAAGCAAACGUCCUUCAAAACUGAAGCUUCUAGUUCCUAGCAUUGGAACUUUCUUCACUCCUCUACUUUUGGUCGAUGCCUUCAGAUAUCAGGAUAAGAAACGAUCCAUCAGCAGUCGGCGAUUUGUGCCACCAUCGUUCAACGAUAUUCGCAACAUCCUCAACACAGCGCAACUCUUAGGCCUUAUCAAAGGCGGAGGGGUUGACCUCAUCACUUUUGACGGCGACGUGACACUCUACGACGAUGGAGCAUCACUUACUAUGGACAACCCAGUCAUUCAACGGAUAAUCCGUCUCUUACGCCAGGGGAAGAGGGUCGGUAUCGUAACCGCUGCUGGAUACACUGAGGCACUCAGGUAUUACGAGCGUCUUCACGGUCUGUUAGACAACGUGAAAAACGACCCAGGCCUUAAUGAGCACCAGCAGAAUAAUCUUAUAGUAAUGGGUGGCGAGAGCAAUUUCCUGUUUAAGUUUGACAGAUCAUCCCCUGAUUUGCUCUCACCUGUCGAACGGAGCGAAUGGCUCCUGGAUGACAUGAAGCUGUGGCAAGAGGAGGAUAUCACCGAGUUGCUGGAUAUUGCUGAAACUGCACUCCGUGACUGCAUGGCUAAGUUGAAACUUCCAGCUACCCUUGUUCGCAAACCGCGGGCGGUUGGCAUAUCUCCACUCGAGGGCAGCCGUAUGCACCGGGAGCAGCUCGAGGAGACGGUUUUAGUAGCACAACAAACGGUUGAAUUUUCAUCGGUAGGCGAACGUCUACCGUUCUGUGCGUUCAAUGGAGGAAACGACGUAUUCAUUGAUAUUGGCGAUAAAUCUUGGGGUGUGCGCGCCUGCCAACGUUACUUUGGCGGUAUUCCGCAGUCCAAAACUCUGCAUAUCGGCGACCAGUUCCUUUCUGCGGGCUCUAAUGAUUUCAAGGCCCGCCUUGCAUGCACCACAUCUUGGGUAUCUAAUCCCGGUGAAACGGUGCAGUUACUAGAUGAGCUCGAUGAAUUGGAGAAACAACAUCAUAUCUAAAUGAUACCCACACAUGCUUUGAUCUGUCUUUCCAGUUAAGAGUGCAGGAUAUUAUGUUGCAGGCUGCUCCCUAGCUUCAACGUUCCGGGAAGGAGCUUUUAUGGUUCAUAUGUCAACGAGAGUCUUGUUGCGGCAAUUAUAUUCCCAAAUCUAAUGAAAUCGACGAAUGAAAGUUUCUCCAUACUUUUGUAGCCGGAAAUGAGUUUGUUCUGUAGGUCAACGUUCUGAACGAAGGACACCUCUUUCCUCUGUCCAUUGCACGAGUCAACGUAAUAUCUACUACCUUAUUCCCCAUAAUGUAUGCUACCCUUCGGACUACUUCGAAGUACGUACAUGUAGAGAAGCCACGUAAAUCUAUGAAUUCCAUUCCUUUCCUUUCUCUUUCCCCAGUCAAAGAGACGACAUUCUUGAAAUACUUCUUGAAAAUCCAAGUCCAGUUCCACUCUUUCUCAAUCCCAACAAACCACUAGAACGAAUUCAUCCCGGACAUCCACCAAACGCCGACCAUAUAAGCAUCUUCUUGAUCCUCCUUAAAAGUGCCUACCAAGCAACAAUAAAACCCGUCGUGUGCUGCUCACUCGAUUGUUUCCGCCCACAGCAGAGAAUGGAAUUACAGAUCGUUAUCUGUGUCCGUGUUGACUACUAACAUUUUUAAUUUACCUGUUAAACC